AUGUCCGACACUACCGAAACCAAAUCGCGUAUAGCUGAGAUGCAGCUCGAGCGCGGACUCGAAGUGGGUGUCAUCAACGCUGCGCGCGCCCUCUAUGGUACACGCCGCUACGAGUGCGAUGUUGUCAUCAUCCCCGUCAACGGCAGUGACACCGCAUCCGACACCACUAGGACCAUGUACAAAGCUAUAUGUAUCGGAUUUUCAGAUCCUGUUCCCAGUCCAUGGAUGCUGCUUGACGAGAGCACUGCAGUGCACAGCACAACUUGGGAGGCAUUGGACGAUCUUUUGCGGAAAGUUCGUCAUGAUCUUGCGAAGUCGACGAGAAAUUUGAAGAUCGGUAAGCCGUUCUAUGGUAAGGAGAAGGAUGAAGAGGAAGAUGAAGAGGAAGAUGAAGAGGAGGAUUAA